AAUGUUUCAGCUCAAAAUGUGUUCAACGUUGACCGCGCUUGCACUAGCUUUAGUUGGGGAAAUUGUGCUGGUGAAGGCUAUAUACAUCAAACCGGACGUAGCCAACGGUGGCGAUGUAACGGAAAACAGUUUUCCCUACAUGGUGCAGAUCCAACAGUUUAUGGUGGUUAGCUACGUGCAUCACUGUGGCGGUACGCUGGUAACGUCCCGCUGCAUCCUUACCGCGGCACACUGUGCGGUGGAGUCGCUGAAGCUACGCGCGAUCGCCGGUACGGUGUGGCGCGAUUCCGAAACCCUGGGCCAGCGGAGACCGAUCGUGCGGCUGCUGGCGCACGAAAGCUACGUCCAGGACGGUACAACGCAACCGUACGAUAUCGCGCUGGCGCUGGUGGAGGAACCGUUCGAUGUGGAUGGUCGGGCGAUAGCGGUCAUUGCACUGAUGCCGGACUAUUACGACCCGCCCGGGGUGAUGGAUGUGCUCGGGUUCGGCAAGAUCGAUCAUGAUGACACGCUGCCCGAUCGGUUGCGGGUGGUCGAGUGCAGGCUGCAUGACGUCGAGGACUGCCAGAAGCAUCCGUCCGAAGGGACGCUGUGCGUGGGGAAUCCGGGUGCGACCGCCUGUCAGGGUGAUUCCGGUGGGCCCGUCGUCGGACGGAUCGAUGGGUCGGAUUGGUUGGUCGGGGUGGUAUCGUUCGGUAUGAAAUCGUGCGGCACCGGACCGAUCAUCUGUACCGAUGUGCACUUGUACAGGGAGUGGAUCGGGCAGAGAGUGUUUGAUUUAAGCGUGUGGAGCGAGGAGAACGAAGCCGACACAAUGAUUGAUGUGUAUGUUCAGCAUUACUUAUAAAUACAUUUAUUGGUACAAUCUGCUGGCGGUGACGGUUCGGCGGCCCCUUCACAAACACAAACCCUCUGCUGCUCAGUGGAGCGACAACUACACCACGGCUGCGCGUGUAAUUGUUAAUUGUAAAACAAGCAAUUCGACAGCACCACAAAACACAACACUCGAAUCGAUUUAAAUUGCCGACGAUUCGGCACAAUACAAACGGGCCUACCAAAGGACAUCGGGACCAUUUUCAGCGGAAUGUCCUUUUUACACACGCCGUGGAAGAGGACAUCACCCGGUAACGUAAUUAACCGCAUCGUAAAUGCCUCACCGAGCAGCUGCGUGAUAUAAAUUAAAUAAAGGAGCAAAGGUGGGUCAUACGACCUCCUCCCCCCCUUCCAACCACAGAA